AUGACCAGUCCCGAGGUAGCACAAUACCCUGAUCAACAUCUCCGACAAGUCAUUUUUGGACCAUAUAUAGCUGAUUACCCAGAACAAGCAUUGCUGGCUUGUAUUGUCCAGGGAUGGUGUCUACGCUGUACAGUGCUACCAACCAACCUUGAUGGAGAAAGCAAAAGACGUUCAGAAGAGCAUACAGAAGUGCUUGUCAAUUGUUUGGAUUUAGGUGUAUUAUGGGAUGAGUAUGGCAUUGUAGGGGACCUGGUACCUUUUACCAAUGACUUUCCACAUGCUGAUAUUCAUGAGCUCUUGGCUCCCAACUUACUUCAUCAGCUUAUCAAGGGUACCUUCAAGGAUCAUCUAGUCACCUGGGUCGAAGAAUAUAUCACACAAAAUUAUAGCUCAGCUUGUGCAAACAAAAUACUAGAUGAUAUUGAC